AUGAUGCGCACCUCGAUCGUCCGGGCGACGCGCGCCGCUGCCAUGCCCCGAGCUACACCUGUCACCAGCCAGCUCCAGCAGUUCCGCCAGGCACACGUUAUCUCCAACCCGACACUUGCGAACAUCGAGACUCGCUGGGAGGAUCUUCCUCCCCAGGAACAGGCCGACCUGUGGAUGUCGCUGAGGGACCGAAUGAAGGAGGAUUGGACCACGUUAUCGCACAGUGAGAAGAAGGCUGCGUACUUCAUCGCUUUCGGUCCUCACGGUCCCCGCCGUCCCCCCCCUCCGGAUGAGGGCCGCAAGGUUCUCUUCAUCUCUUGCGCCGUGAUCGCGGGAUCCUUUGCUGUCUUCGCUUUCACCCGCAUGUUUGCCAGCCCCAUCAGGCCCCGCACCAUGACCAAGGAAUGGCAGGAGGCUUCUGAGGAGUACUUGAAGGCCCAGGGAUCAGAGCCCAUCACCGGUUACAAGGGCAUGUUGGUUCAGUCUGUCUCGGAGAAGAACCUUCCUCCUGGCGUGAAGCUCAACGACGAGUAA